AUGAUUUUUUUAUUAAACGGGAACUAUAGUUUACAUAAUAAAUAAUAAAUUCACUUCUCCCCAAGCGAUGGUAAAGUUGGCAUAUCUUAUAGCAGAGUUCCUAUUGAUUGCAGCUGCUGCCAUUGUAAACUGCGAUUAUGUCCGUCCUCAGCCCAGAAAGCUCCUGAACUUCCCCUUGAGCGGACAUCCUUCUCCAUACCCCCAACAGGUGCAUAUCUCGUUGGCAGGUGAAGCACACAUCCGAGUGAGUUGGAUAACAAAGAGUGAACAUCAUCAAGCUUCAUCUAUAGUUCAAUACGGAACUUCCACAAAUAAUUACACCAGUGUAGCCCAAGGAGAAACCACUUCAUACACUUAUCUACUCUACAAAUCAGGAAAGAUUCAUCAUACUGUAAUCGGCCCAUUGAAACAUGACACUAUCUAUUAUUAUAGAUGUGGAGGAUUAGGUUCCGAAUUCAACUUUAAAACCCCUCCAUCUAAAUACCCAUUAACUUUUGCUGUGGCCGGUGAUUUAGGUCAGUCCGGUUGGACUAAAACAACACUUGAACACAUCAAACAUUGUGAGUACGAUGUUUACCUUCUCCCUGGAGACUUGUCCUACGCCGAUCAUAUUCAGUCUAGAUGGGACACGUUUGGCAAGCUAGUUCAGCCUUUGGCUAGUUCGAGGCCUUGGAUGGUAACAGAAGGUAACCAUGAAAAGGAAAGUAUUAAGUUAGUUGAAGAUGGCUUUGUGUCGUAUAAUUCUAGAUGGAAGAUGCCGUUUGAGGAGAGUGGAUCGAGUUCGAAUCAUUAUUAUUCGUUUGAUGUUGCCGGAGUUCAUGUUAUCAUGCUUAGCUGUUACACCAUGUACGAUACGUAUUCUGAUCAAUACAGAUGGCUGAAGACUGAUCUCUUGAAAGUGGAUAGAAUGAAGAAAAGGCCUUGGCUGGUUGUAGUGUUUCAUGUUCCAUGGUAUAACAGUAAUUAUGCUCAUCAUGGUGAAGGGGAUAAUAUGAUGACCACAAUAGAACCGUUGUUAUAUGGUGCCAGUGUAGACAUUGUUAUUGCCGGCCACGUGCAUGCUUAUGAGCGCUCAGUACGUGUGUAUAAUGGAAGAUUGAAUCCUUGUGGUGCUGUCCAUAUUACAAUUGGUGAUGGAGGGAAUAGAGAAGGUUUAGCAUACAAGUAUGUAAAGCCACGGCCUGAAUGGUCUGUUUUCAGAGAAGCAAGCUUCGGCCAUGGCGAGCUGAGGAUAGUCAACUCAACUCACGCAUUUUGGAGUUGGCAUAGAAAUCAAGAUGAUGAAUCCAAGAUGUCAGAUCAGACAUGGAUUACCUCUUUGUCUGGAUUAGGAGGAGGAGGAUGUCUUAAGAACAACAAGAAGGAAGAACAUGAAACAGAAUGAAUUUAAUGACAUAUAUAUUAAUAAUGUUGUUGGAUUUGAUGAGAUGAUACAUACACUAAUCUAGUCCAAAUGAAAUAAUUAAUUAAUU